AUGGACCAAGUGGAUUUAGGACGGUUUGUGCAUCUCACAAAGCACAAAUAUAGGAAACAGCUCAAGGAACUGAAAAGACUGGUCAGAGAAGAUGCCUUCCGGGUCGAUGAAAGCACCAAAGUGUCGGACAAAAGCGUGUACAAGUAUUGGACGCAACGUAAGAGCAUAUUCUCGGUUUUUGGAGGAAAACCCUUGUAUUUGACCCGAGAAUUGUGGUUCAGCAUUACACCAGAGGCAGUAGCUCGGUUUACGGCCCAAUUUAUCAGAAGUUGUCUACCACAAGCGACUACAGUACUAGAUGUCUUUUGCGGUGGGGGCGGCAAUUUGAUUCAGUUUGCCAUGUUCUUCCCGACGGUAUAUGGAGUCGACUUUUCUAUGGAGCAUCUUUACUGCGCUUAUCGCAACGCUAAGGCCUACGACGUCGAGGAUAGAAUAUGGCUUAAAUAUGGCGAUUGGAAUCGAUUAGCACGCAAGGGUCGUUUCGAAAAACUGGGCGUAGAUUGCGUCUUUGCAUCGCCUCCAUGGGGCGGACCCAACUACUUGAAACGGGCGGUGUUCGACGUUGAGACGCAGCUGGAACCACUAGGUCUACGAGAAAUGCUAAAAGGGUUUUUGAGAGUCAGCAGUAACGUCGCAAUGUUCCUGCCUCGUAACUCAAAUCUGUCUCAAAUUUCCCAGAUCACACGGGAGCUGCUGGGAGAAGGUGCCAAGUGUAAAGUGCUGUAUGUUAAAAUCGGACCUUACCUCAAGGGCAUUCUGUGCCUCUGGGGCGAACCUUUCUACGAUUAUCAAUGCGCAGCUGUAGACGAAGAAGUUCCAGCUCCGAAGGAGGAACUGGACUACUGA